AUGUUGGAUAUUUAUAGUGUGUUGAAGAAAGUGGUAGUCAGUGGUGUGCUGCUCGUGCUGGCCAAUUGGCUUUUCUCGCUCAAUGUGGUGCUCGACGGUGUGCGGGACUUGAAUAAAGUAGCGCUCAGGGAGCAAGCGAAUGCGGGGCCCGUGAGGAAAGCCAACGAAACAGCUCACUACAGGAACUUCCUCGUGCCAUUGGGGUUCCCGCUCACUACGGGCCUUGGGCUGUCCCUCAGUUACAAAAUCAGGAACGGGAAUUUCGGCGACGUGUGGUGUGCCAUCCUAGAGAUGGCGAGGGACUCCCGUGUGUCUAUCUCAUUUGCAGAUGGGGGCAGCUACACAAUGGAGCAAGUCAACGGGAUGGUGAAACAGGUGAUGCAGAAUGGGGACAUUUUCUCUGAAGAGGGCAAAAGUGUAGGGAUCAACGUCUCGCCGAUGACAUUGCAAGGGUUUGUCAUCACGGUCGCGUGUAUAUUGAAAACUCUGGAACAGAAAGCAGAGGACUCUUCCGCGGUCGCUCAUGUACUCGCGUCGAUUCCAAGAAAGAGAGUACAGGGGAUCGACGUCUUGGUCAUCAGCUCUUGGAAGGAGUACCAGUUUUUGCAAGAGAGUAAGUCAUGGUACAGAAAGAUAGUCGUGUGUCACUCAGACCCUGCCGAUGGUGCUGUGGAUGCCAACGUCUGCACUUGGAACCAACUGAUUAAUGGUUUCCAAAACGACCCGGAGUACAAGUACGAACCUCCAUUGGAUAACUCAGACGAUCUGAAACCGUUCGUGAAAUUGACAACGGUCCAGGGGAACACUACCGCGUUCAACCAGCUAAACCUCGUCAGCAGUGUGUCCGCAUUCAUCAAAAGUUUCCCAGCGGAUCACGAAAUCUCAGCGCGGGACACAUUCGCCGCAAUCAACGACUCGAAUGACCUCGCAUUCAACUUACAAAUGUGGCCUAAAUUACUAGCUGUGUUGUUGCACGGUGGGUCUGCCAACUUAAGGGACAACACUUCAAGCGAAUAUGCCAGCGUGCUUACAGAGAACACUUUCCUGUUUGCUAAGUCCGAGACUGUUGCCCGAAUGUUUGAUAAAUCGGUCGACAAGCAGGGGAAGAGCAUGUGGGGGAAACUCAAGCUAGCUUGGGUGGUCAAUCUGCUCAGUGAGGGCAUCUUUUCAAGAUCGGCAGAGAUCGGGAAACCAACCAUACGAUGCAUCUUCAUCGCUAACAUUUUACAAAGAGAGGACAGGAUCUGCGCAUACGAUAACUUGCAAAUACCAAAAUAUUCCCGGGGGCAGUUAAACCGCACGUUCUCAAGCUUGGAACUGAACAACAUAAGAGCGUCGUGGGGGGCAAGAGCAGUAGUAGAAUUGUACUGUCCUGGCCUGGUCCUGGGACCCAUCUCUCAACUCAAUUACUACGAUUAUAGAAUUUUGCUCCAGGUUGUUGAAUCCAAAGUGGCCUGCUUGGGGCCCGUAUCCACCUCGCUGGAGGGAAAAAUGAUAAUGACUGAAGCAGCUCCAGAAUUGGAUAUCGUGAAAAGACAAGGUAUGCUGUGCAUUAGAGGGUUUACGAUCGGCAAACCAGUGGGGAACGAGUCCCUGAGCCAGGCGGCCAACGCAAGCGAAGAGUUGGCUAAUGGUGAAGGGUGGAUGCCCAUGAUUGGUGUAUUCGGUCUGUGGGGACAAGACGGCUGUUUGUACCUGUUCAAAUGA